AUGGUGGUCUAUGUUCAUGUUCUUGAGUUAUCACUCUUACGUUAUGUCACUGUUAUCUACAACAAAAAAAUGAGGAAGAUGGAAAUAUCCUAUAAUCUACCGGAAUUCUUAUCUCCGAAGUUUGAUGUUGAAGUUGUCAAUGACGCAGCCACCCGUUCUUCGACGCUUGAUCCGCAUGCCUUGACACAAACGUUUGGAUCGGUGUGGAGCAAAAAGUAUCUCCGUGACCUGGAUCAAUCAUUGGCUCACACCUCUGCUGUUAGCGACGCUACGGUUCUACAAAAAGUUGCUUGUGGACAAACAGCGUUGGCGAACGAUAAGGAAAAAUUGGGUCAGUCUGAGAUGAAGAGCGGUAUAAAUGGUGAUAAAGUAACCCAGCAUGAACUAGUAUUGCCCCCCUUUGACCAAAAAACGCUAUCUGUUGCUCAGAUCUUUCCGAUUCAAAAAAUUGUGCCCCCUGCACUAGCCUCUUGUCUAGCUAAGGAGGCGAAAGCCCUUUCUGAUGCCGACGAAAGCGUACGUAAUCAGUGGCUGACGGAAGGCACUUAUCCCCGUCUCAUUGUUGAUAGGCUACCUUUCCUUCCGAUCGACAAUCCUGACUCUGUGGAUCAGUCGGGCUCAGGCACCAAACGAAAACGGAAAUCCCGGAAUAGUACAGAUCGACCUGUUACAAGAUUGGGAAUGGCUACACAUUUAGCUCUGUUGGGACAUAUGAUCAAGAUGUUUCAGCUUAAACCCAGAGAGUUACAGCGUCGAACACCACUUCCAGACACUCCUCAUCCUUUGGCGAACCAUCUUCUAAAUGAGUUUACUGUAUUUGCAUCCAGGUCUGGGAAUGAACGCUCCAAGUCUAGGCUGAUGACACCGAUACUGCGGGACAAAUUGAUCUGUCACAUUCUGGUCCUUCUGCUUCAUUGUGAUAACUUUGCCACCGUUAUUGACGCUCUUCCUAGUGAUUUUAAAAUGUCAUCAGUGCGCCUAAAAAACCAUUUUGCCUUUAUUGGAUGCUCAUUUUCGAAACAGGAGGUGGAAACGAGUAGCACCGACCAGAAGAAGGAGGGAGCGAAGCAGUAUCAUACAGUAGCACGUCUAUCAGCUCCCCUUGUAUUGAAGGCAGCUCACGCCUUUAAACGAUGA